UCUAAACUUACCGAGCGCUCGCGAACGGUCUGGUUUCCAUUCGAGCGUGUCAGAGCAAGUUUGCAUUGUAAUUGUUGAACAACUACUUGUUUAUCGUGGUUCAUUUUAGUAUUUUUCUACAUUAGCGUUAGUGGAAUGUGUUUCAGUCAGGUACGUUUGAAAACUGUAGGAAGAAGUCAAGAAACUAUUCGUGCGCUAUGGGACAAUCCAAGCGCCUCGUUAGCUUGUAGCAUGCUAACAUGAGGAAAAACUUUGACAACGACGAAAUGUAAAACCAGCUUGACCACAGCAACUGUUUAGGCAUCUGAAAGAUGGUGGACCGCUUGGCCAAUAGUGAGGCCAACUCUAAGCGCAUCGGGGUGGUGGAAGCAUGCUUUGGCACAGCAGGUCAACCUCUGGCCAUCCCAGGUCGAGUGCUCAUAGGAGAGGGUGUUCUCACAAAGCUGUGCCGCAAAAGGCCCAAAGCCCGACAGUUCUUCCUCUUUAACGACAUCCUGGUGUACGGCAACAUCGUCAUCCAGAAGAAGAAGUACAAUAAGCAGCACAUCAUCCCUCUGGAGAGCGUCACCAUAGACACGGUAGAGGACGAGGGCGACCUGCGCAAUGGCUGGCUCAUUAAAACGCCCACCAAAUCCUUCGCCGUUUAUGCCGCCACAGCAACGGAGAAGUCUGAGUGGAUGAGCCACAUCAGCAAGUGCGUCUCGGACCUACUAGAAAAAAGCGGGAAAUCUCCCACCGGUGAGCACGCGGCUGUCUGGGUGCCUGACUCUGAGGCGACCGUGUGCAUGCGCUGCCAAAAGGUGAAAUUCACCCCCGUCAACCGGCGCCACCAUUGCCGGAAAUGCGGCUUUGUUGUGUGUGGCCCCUGUUCGGAGAAGAAGUUCCUGCUUCCCAGUCAGUCGUCCAAACCUGUGCGCGUGUGCGAGUUCUGUUACAAGCAGCUCUCCUCGGACUCCUACAGCCAUUCGGAGAUUUCCGGCAACAACAUCUCGGACGACGACGAUGAUGAUGACAGCAGUGACUGAGGGUCACUUUCAGGAAUAUUGACAAUCUUCAGAUCAUAUCCCAUUAUUUUAGUCUAAUAUUCAUUCAGGGUUUGCAAAGGUUCCUGUGGCAAUAACACUUUCCAAGAACAAUUAGAUGCCCCUGUGCAUAUGAACAAAAGGUUUGAUGGGAAUUGUUCCUGCGUAUUAAUGAACACUACUUUCACAUUAAAGUCACUCUCAUAGUCCACUUUAACCGCUUUCAUGUAGAUGUUUUUCUUGGCAAUGGUGCUCCUUCAUCUUCUUUUUAACUUUUUUUCCCCUUUCUUCUUUGCUACUGUAUUUUUACUGAGUGAUGCUGCUAUCCGCAGGAGGAAGAGAAUGUUGGGUAUAAUGUGAUUGCAGGAUGUUCCUAGGCAUACACUCCCUCAGGUGAAACCGUGUAGUUUUAAACGAGUAGCUGCAUUUAAUGCUUUGAACAACUAACUAGUAACAAACCCUGAAACCUUGCAUUCCGGAUGAAGAUCUUCUGUAUCUCGCUUUGCUCAGUGCUAGUAAUUGCAUACGACAAAUCAAAUAGAUGCUACUAAGCUUGUAAAUGCAUGUAAGUAAUGCUGUGGUGCAGGAAGUCUGUUGCAAAGUUCAUCUGACUAGGUCAUCACUGCCUUAGUGCCUUCUUGUUUAUCCUCAGGAUCGAGAAAUGAGAAACUAUUUAUGACUUUCUUUGCUUUGAGACACCGGCCUUUAUCUGAUGGCACAUCGCAUGAUUUAUUCUGUUUUUUUUUUUUUUUUUUUUUUUUUUGAGGUUAUGGUCAAAAUUAGUUCAUUUGAGUACAGUUCAAAUCAUUAUAAUAUCUCUGUCCAAAUAGCUUUUGGAAACUCCCAUGAUUCCAGCUGAAGUAUUUUGUCACAUCCUGCAUCUGUAGUCCACAUGCCCUAAACUAUGAUGGUAUCUCUCCACCCCUGAUUGCAACUCUAUACAAAUUAGCAUGCGGCCCAAAGGAAUCACUAAGGCUACAUGUCACUAAGGCGAAGGAUGCGCUAUCCAUUUCGCCCGCCCUCUCUCAUUGGGUUUUUUGUGUUAGAGAAGUCACAUGUUGGGUCUGGACAGUCAAUUCUACAUGUUUUGAACGGGAAUCGAAAGCAUUAUGAGGAAGUGACAGUCAAACGGCCGCUUUUUGUUUGGUUUUUUUUAUGGCUGUUCAACACAAGAAAAACUGCACUAACAACUUUCCAAAGUGGUGUGUUGUUUUAAUAAAUGACACUGUUGGACACUUUAGAGAGAUACUGUAGUAUAUUUCAUCAACGAUCUGCCAAUUUUACAGUGGUUUUUACUUCUACACAAGUCAAGCUGGUGGGAGAAUCAGCUAUACUGCUUGAGAACUCAUCUCAGUACUGAAUACUUGAUCACCUGUUAAGAUGGCAUAUUUUGUUUGUGUCAGAAUAAUAAAACUGACAUUAAAAAGGGAUAUUUAAUUAACCUAACUCCGCUCAGACCGUCUAGUUCAUAUGCAGUUACAGAUACACUGAAGUAAAAAGUAUAUGUAUAUAUUUUUUUGCUUUUACACUUAUGUGAGAUUUAGAAAUAGGUUUACAGUGAUUGACUCAAGGUAAUUAUCUAAUCUUGCUUUCGGAAUGUAACUAAUUAAUUGUAUAUGGCAUCAUGUUUGAGUUAAUUAAUUAAUCAUUCCAAAUUUAACCUGAGAUGAUUUGUUGUAAUUUUACUUACAAAUUAUAUUGUAAGUUGUAAUAUUCUGAGAUGAUUUUGAUUUUGCAUGUUGUAAACUUUUGUAUAUAUAUUUUACUCUUACUUGGGCUUGCUGCUUUUAGUUUUUUUUCAUAGCGUUUCCGUGUGGUUAAUGUGUGCAUUUCCUGAACACCUCUGGAUCAGCUACCAGCACUUUACUGUCUCUGCAAACCACAAGAGAGGGGUGGGGCCUGAUUGGGCAGAGGCUUGGGUAGUAUGUGGGCGGGGACUACAUGUCUUUACAAAUCUGGCUUUCAAAUGCAAGAGAAUAGAUCUGAGUAGAGGAUGAUCAGGAUUGACAUUUACAUUCCAUUUGUUUCCUUUUGUGAUUUCUUGAACAUGUAAUUUAUGAUUCCCUUGUUCUCGGAUGGAUUUUGGGGAUUUUCUGUUUCUUGUACAUUUUUGCCAUUUUUACGUCUCAUUUAAAACUCUGAAAGGGCUGAAAACUGAAUGUAAUCCAUCAUGUUAUCUUUGUUAGAUACUAAUUUUGAGAAAUAUAUGCAUUGCUUAAA